CACCACCAACCAAGAAUUCGGCGCGUAGUGUUCUGUAGAUCGAAUGGUAUUUGGCUAUACGAUCGGGUGGGGCUGGUUUACAUGCUGAUAAAUAUCAAGAUACCAGCACUUACAGGCGGACUUCAAUUCAUUUGAUAGGUAACGGGCCUUUGCGAAAGUAUAUAUACCGUUGUUAACGCACGCGCGUCCUACAUCAAAUUUACAGUAACUCAGCCACGUGCUCCUGAACUUGGCAAUCAUGGUGCACUUGUAAGAAACGGUGCUUUAUUCCAGAAUCGCCAAAGCACAUCGUUAUUAGCCUACUUCAGCGAGAUGGAGUUGCCCAUGUUAAUUGGAUUACUACUGGUUUGGUAUCAGAUAUUCCGUGUAGAAGGAACAGGAACAAUAGAGAUGGAUUUGAUCCGUUUUUCAAAUCCGACAAGUAAAUUGGACGAUGGUCAUUGUUGUGAUGGAUAUCCUUCCAUCUGCACGGGACAAUGCGACCACAGAUUCCGGCUCUGUCUAACAGAAAAAAACAGGUAAGCGUAUCCAGAAUUCAGUGUGGUGAAUCAAUGCAAACAUCUGUACCCAGUAGCUCAUUUCUUUUGAUUAACACGAAGCACUGACUCAUUUACUCAUUUCUUUUGUUGUGUAAAUCUUUACAUAUCCAACAAAUCUGUUCACAUUUUUUUCGGGACCGGUAGAUCCAGGAUCAAUCCUUGAUCGAGUCACACCUAAGACUUUAAAAGAGGAAGUUGUAACUUCCUCUCUUGGCGUUCAGCAUGAAGGGGAUAGUGCAACGACUGGUUGACCCGUAUCAGUAUAAUGGCUCGGGCGGGGCGGCUUACUUGCCUUCGGUAAGUCGUCUCAGUGAAGCAGCACUAAAUAAAAGAGCAUUGGAAAUCCGUCCUGCAACAAGGAGGCACAUUACACGUACAUGCAACCUAAGGAUUCCUUCGUCGUCAUAUGACUGAAAAAUUGUUGAGUACGACGUUAAACCCCAAGCACUCACUCACUCACAUUUUCCUAACGUGUAAAUGUAUUUUUGUUCAAUAAUACACAUGCAUACAAAUAGGUUUAACAGGCUAAGACAUUAUUUAUGGGCAUUUCUAAGCCAUAUUUAAUGGUGGUAAAUUUUAGUAUGAUAGAAAUCGGCAGUUUUCCUUCACAUUUAAUGGCGAUAAAUAUUAAUGUGAUAUAAAUUGACAGCUUUAGAUCAUAUAUAGCGGUGAAAAUGUGACUAUGAGACUCUGCCAUAGUAUCCAGCUCUAGGACUCAUUCCACUGGUGUAGCCACUGUGAAACCACCUUGCUUAUGCAAGCAGAUAAACUUGACAACCGCGAUUUCUAGACAUUGCCAUCUUAUGUCAAUAGGGGGCGUGAGUUGUUGAAGGGGAAUAUUGGCUGGCUUAUUUGCAAGACAACGCCCAAUGUUAUAUGAUAGCGGAACGCCCUUCAAGAUGUACACAUAUACAUUACCUUGGGCGUGUAAGAUAUUAACAUAGUGAUAUUUACUACUCUUUGCUUUCGUAUUUUAAUACACCAUACACUUACAUAGUUCUGUUUGCUCGAAUAUUUUAUGACGAAGCAGUCACUGAUCCAAACUGUGACCAUUUGUCACUAGAGAUAGGCUUGGUUUGUUACCUGACCCAUAUCCAUAUGUAAACAUCUGUUUUUCUGAUGUACGACUUAGACGUUAUUAAAUUGGCCGGUUGAAUCAGCGCCACCGCCAGCGAACAAUGACUCAGAAGCUUCUCACCAGUUCGGUCGCUGUGAGUUCAAAUCCAGCUCGUGUUUCCCCUGGCGUUGCUGAAUUCCUCCCACUAUAAUGCUGGUCGACGUCACAUAAAUGAAAUAUUCUUGAGUGCGGCGUAAUAUACCAAUCAAAUGAAUAUUUGAUAAGGUUUAAUACCAUACUCAGUUAGAUAAAUUUCACUUUUAUUACGACGCUCAGGCCCAAUUGUGAGGGGGAAAAGCGAGACAAAUUCUGGUGAGCCAGGCCAGCCAAAAUCUUUCAGAAUAAAACUGUUGGAACCGUUCUAGGAUCCAUUCUUAAACUGCUUAAAGUUAUCUCUUUCACAGGACGGGAUAGGGCACUUUUCAGUAUUCCAUUUAUAUGCCAUCAUUUGGUUCACAAACUAAAAUACAUUUUAUACAUUUCAAAAAUGGAACUUUCCUGGGAGAUAACUAGCUUGUCAGAUAACUAUUUCUGCCUUUUGAUUGUAUUUUCAGCGAGUGUUUCUUAAAACAGAAUGUGAUCGACGGACCACUGAACUCUGAUGUGAUAGACAGUUUUCCUGAAAGUCAAGUUUCAUUUGAGUUCAACGUUUGGAAGAGCACGUUCGAGAUUCGAGUUAACGUCACUGACAUCGACUCAGGAAUGGAGCAAAACGUCGACACCUACGUCCUCAACCUAACAAACGUUGACGUCGCCUAUAACCGUAGCGUCGCUCUGUUGCAAGCUCCACUUCGUCAAAUCUCAGGACGCAGAUCUUUGAACGCUACUUUGCUAGAACUGAGGGUGACUGCGUUCUGUGAUGUUAAUUACUACGGUGCGAACUGCUCGGUGUUCUGUUUGGGAGAGGAUAGCUGCAGAGGUCACUACACAUGUGGCUCUGACGGUCACAAAUCUUGUCUCCCCGGAUGGAAAGGUGAUGACUGCAACUCGGCGAUACCCGGGGGAGUGGCGGACUGCGGUUACGGCAAAAGUCAGUAUCCUGGUAGAUGGUCCGGAUCUCUAAGCUGCAAUACUCUGAACGAGAGCGUUGAAAUUUCGAUAAAGUCCGUGAGCAACACGUCUUCGGUCUCUGGCACAGUUAAACUCGAAGACGGCGCGUAUGAUGUAGUAGGAACGUGGUUAGGAUCAUCGUUAUUACUGCUCCCUGCGUCAGGUCCAUGGGUAACACAAAGCCCUCGGGAUAUAUCGAAGAUGUCGUUCAACAUAAACCACGUAGGAACCUCUUUCACUGGUCAGGUGUUUGAAACACCUCAACCAUGUGGACACAUCAGUUUAACCCAGACUUCAGUUGGCAUUUCCCGGUGUCAGAAUGGAGCCACGUGCAUCCGAGAUGACGCCAGCGGGGCAAAUAUCUGCUGUUGUGCACCAGGAUUCAAGGGAGAUAAAUGCGAAAUAAGGAUUGCGGUCCCAACGACACGCUCAACCACUACAACGCUUUCAGAGACGUCUUCACGAAGAGUAUCAUCUACAUCCAUGGUAACAUCUACAGAGGCAUAUACCAAUCCCACGAAUCAGACAACAGUCUUCACAACCCUCCCUGAGAGUAGUACCAUGGAGGCAUUCUCAAGUACUGAACCUGCUACGUCGCCAGUUUCAACACCUUCAACUACAGGUAGUACGGUUUUCUUGAACGCUACUAUUGAGGCUGAGAACACAACGUUUGAGUCCCAGCAAACGACAGCUCCAGUGUCUGAAUCAUCCACGAUACAAACCACGCAACCAGUCCAGUCCACAACCACAUCAGAAAUGUUGUCAACCGUUAAUGACUUACAAUCGUCUACAGAGGCAGAGUCACACACAACGACCAAUCAAAUGCCGCUGUCAUCAACAACCGCUAUACGAGAAACGACGACAAGCAACCAAAAUCCAAAGACGACAACUAAUCCAAUGCCAGAGGCCACAUCUACUGGGAUGCCAGAAGAGACGACAAGUGAAGAACUAGAGACUACAUCGAAUGCUCUGUCAGAGGCAACAACUACUUUUCUGCAAGAAACAACAACAGAAGAACUAACUAAAUCGUCUACUAUCGAACAGGAAACGUCCACCACAGAAAACCCGCUUACAUCAACCGAAGCUGAGACUCCAGCAUCAACUACUGCUGGACGUCUGACGACACCGCCUGAGACCGCCCCAGUGUCAACGACGCCAACGACGCCAGUGCAGCCGAUAGUCCACGAUGUCAACAUGACCUACAGCAUUGUGCUUCCUGGGGUCCAGGACGAUGUAAACGAGACAAGUAUCACGCACGCCAUCGCCGAUGCAUACGAGGCUAUGAACCCCAAUUUGACCAGAUCGGACAUUAACAUGACCUUCAGUGUAAGAGAGGGGAUCGGUGAAGACAGGGCCUUUGUGGUGGAGUUCACCUACACGUUGAGUAUUACCUUCUCAACCGUCUUCUACAAACCCUCCAUGGAAAUUCUUCGUCGUCACAUUUUACAAGUGUACACUCCAGGCCUGUACGAAAUGAAGGUUCUGUUUUACCUCCAGAAUCACUUCCAGGUUCUUCUUACGGGAACCCCGCCAUCCGUCUUCCAGUAUUCCUCGAUAGAAUCCGUCCUGGAGUUCGCAUGGAAGAGGAAUAGAAGCUCAGUUUGCAACCCUUGUAAUAUUACAGUUACCAUUCCGACCAUCGAAGAAGUCGUUGGUGCUGACGGGAUCGCUGUUUCAAAAGUGUAUUACUUCAUACAUUACAACGGCAUGGUACAAACGCCCGGGGAGGGCGGAUGGUCGGCUGAAUUGACAGGUAUACAGGAAGUUUUCCAGGAGUACAACCUGACGCUGAGGGUUUAUCAAGACAAAGUUCUGCCCAACUACCGACACCACUACAUGUACAGCCUAGCUUUUGAGAGCUAUGUCUACCAGGAGAGCUUUUUCGAAAUUGCAUCACAAAUUCAACAAACAUGGAUGAACGAAAGCCUAGAUUUGGCAUCCUGUAAUUGUUUGAACGUGACUGUAGUUAGAGGAGAUCAGUGCAUUACAAGCACCGGAAAGCAAGUGACUAAGAUUAUUUACUUCACAACCAUCAGUGGUAAACUCCAAUCACCGUUGCUCCACACUGGCCCUACCCACGAGGCAUUGGCCACUGGCGUCAAAAUCCGUAAUCCAAAGACAAAGACGUUGUACGUACUCCUGAAAACGUCGUCAUUAACCCUGUACAAAUACGAACAGAAGUUAGCGUUCUACGUCAAAGACGUGGUUGACACCAGCGCCAUUACGACGUUCGUCCAAAGGCUUCAAGUUGCUUGGCGGACUCAACUUAACGUGAACGAGGAAAUCAGUGUUGUCGUCCCCAGAGUGACGGGAUGCAUCGGCAAAACAGACUCGGGAUCGCAGUGGGUCGUUGGGCAGGAAGUUUCACGUCUGGACUACUAUCUGCUGUACAAAGGGGAGAUAAUAAAUCCACACUGGAACAAACCUGUUCAGCAGACGGAAAUCAUCAAAUACGUCCUGAAUGUCACGAGUACCAGUGGACAUGUGUACCAAGCUUACACAGUAACGAAAGAAGAAAUUUACACCAGGGAACAACACCACGUCAUACAUCUGAAUGGACAUGUCGUCAUCGAAGAAAUGUCUGACGUCACUACGCUGAUUAGUAAAACUUGGUCCACGGUGUAUCAGUCGGCUGUGAGUGUGUCCAUCGGAUUUGUGGAGGAGUUUUGUGCGACUAGCAACAGGGAACUAGUGACUGGGAUAUUCUACACACUGAAGGUGAACGGGCGAAUUGUUGAUGCCUCGGUGGAGUACGACAAGGUGUUCAACUCGUCUCACCUCAGUAUCUUACUGCGGACCUCUUCCUAUCGUUACACUGUGUACAUGGGUACCCUGACCACCUUGAUAUCAUACCGAUAUCAGCUGAGUGUGUACUUUGCACAGACAAUCGCGGAACUGGAUUACGCGCAAAUAGCAGUAAAGCUAGAGGAAGGCUGGAAAACGCUGCAUGCUGAAGUUACCAGCGUAAAAGUCUUUGUGGCUCGUGUGGAACAGUUUUAUACAGAGGAAAUGUCCGUUGUUUAUCGUUUGGCCUAUUUCGUCCGUCAGUCAGGUGAGGCUGUGUAUCCCCUCCAUCUACCUCAAAUUCCUCACCACCGCUGGGUGUCCUGUGGCUGCUUGAGCGUCGCGGGUAUCUCUGGGUCCGCGUACAAGCUUUACGCGGGGUCAGUGGUCGACACAGCCAGCUGGAUACCUGCCUCCUUCCACUUUUCACUCUACUUUCAAAAGCAGGUGUCCACAUUGGAUUACGUCAAACUGGAACAGACAAUUCAGGCUGCCUGGGCUCUGAGGCACGGAAAUGUUACUGUCAAGAUUGUUGCUCAAGAAGAGUAUGUUACUGUAUCUGGGUAA